CAAGGAACCACCGUGUGAUAAGUUAGUGAUUGUGGAAAAAAUAUAUAAGAAAAAAAAGUAAUCAGUCAAUCUAUCCAAAAAAAUUUUGUCAAUUUUUAUAAACAAGAAUAGUAAUCAAAAGCAACGAAAAAUGAAAGCAUCUUUCAUAUUGACGCUACUUAUGUACAUAUAUGUAUAUGUAGUUGUACUGAUUAUUUAUCUAAUUAUUAAUAGGCUUAAGCAGCCUGAAGCAAAUUUUACCAAAAACCCACUAAUGGACAAAGUAACAGUACCACGAAUGGACCGAUACAUAGUUCUGAAUCAGCAAACUGUAAUUUACCAGUUGAAACGAUAAUCAAGAGUUUUGAUAAAUAAGGCGAAGCACAAUUUUCACAUUGUGAAUUCAAAAUCAAUGCCGAUAUGCACAACAAUUCGCCAAUUUUUACGGAACCCAAUCACCUUGAGUACUUGCUACCCAAUUCAAGUGGUGAAAUUGUAGUGCCCCAUGGCCAGUAGGUGAGUUUGCGCUGCGCUGAUGCAUUCGCAACACCGUUCGACGGACAAACUCUGAAGGCACAAUGUGCCGGCGAUAAAAAUUUUCUUAUAAAAAAUAAAUAAAUUUUAAAAUUUUCUUAUAAAAAACGAAAUAGUUAAUUUCUCAGCACAAUUCCGAUUUCUUUGGCACCGCGAUUGAAGCAAAACACGCGAAGUAAUUUGAGUCAGUGAUUUGAUAUGACUAGAGGUGAAAUGGCGCUUGUCAAUGUCGAUCGCAAGCUAAAACAUUUGUUUGAUGGAAACGACUGGAAUGUUUAUGACGAAAAGAUCCUUAAUUUGGGCGUAGGUGCUCCAGGUCCAGAUUUAUUGCAGAACUGCUGUGAUAUUUUUGAAGCAGCUACAAAGCAUAGACUAAAAUAUGAAAAACAAAGCAAUUUAUCUUAUCUUUUCCAAUACGGGCCCACUAGUGGUUCGUUAGAAAUACGAAAUGCUAUCGCAGAAUACUUCAGUUCACUAUAUGUUGAUGAUCGCGUAAAAAGUGAGGAUCUUAUUAUAACAACUGGUGCAUCGCAAGGACUACAUUUUGUCUUAUCAACUCUGCUUGAUUUAAAUGGUGUAAUUUUUGUUGACGAAGUUACUUAUAUGAUCGCAUUGGAUACUAUGAAACAAUUCACAACUCUUUCCAUCGUACCGUUAAAACUUAAUGACGAUGGAGUAGAUGUGAAGGAACUUGAAAAAAUAGUACAGGAAAAACGGUUUCAAUCAAAAUCUAAAACCUUCUGGGCAAUGUACUAUACCAUUCCAACUUAUCAUAAUCCAACUGGUAUACUUUUUUCUGAAGCUGUUUGCCAAGAGCUUGCGAAUUUAGCUAGGCAAUAUGACUUCUUAAUACUAUGUGACGAUGUUUAUAAUAUUCUAAAUUACACAAGUUCGAAGCCAGCGAAGCGCUUAUUUGCCUACGAUAAUGGCACAGGAAAUAUAAUUUCAAAUGGAAGUUUCGCAAAGCUAAUUGGACCAGGUGUUCGAGUAGGUUGGUUGGAGGUACCUGCCCGAUUAAAACCAAUUUUAGAAAAUUCUGGAAUCUUGAAUAGUGGCGGCUGCUUCAAUAAUUAUACAUCGGGCAUAUUAGCCAGUCUUUUUGAACUAAAAUUGGCACAAGAACAUAUUGCCAUUGUGAAGCGUGCUUAUAAAGAACGCAUGUUGGCAGCUUGUGAAAUACUUGAAAAAAAUUUGCCUGUCAGUUGCAAAUGGAUUAAACCGUCGGGAGGAUAUUUCAUUUGGAUUUCUCUACCAACAAAUACAGAUGCUGGGAAACUUUUACAAACAUGUUUGCAAGUUGAGAAAAUAUUUUUUAUUAUCGGUUCUCGUUUUGCUUACGAACCUAUGGUGGCAAAUAAUUGUUUACGUUUAUCUAUUUCAUUUCACAACAAGGAUAAAUUAGUUGACGGUGUCACACGCUUCUGUGCAGUGCUGAAACGUUAUCUGGAAGAACCCAAAAAAUGAGAAAACAAAAAUUUUUUUUUCAUACUUUGUACAUACAGUAUUGGACAAAACUAAAGCACCCCCUACUAUGGUUCAGCUCGAACUUAGCUGUUUUCAGACAAUAAACAUAAAUAGAUGUAAAA